AUGGAUAAAUAUACCGAUAGAAGCCAUCCAGAAUAUAUACCUGGUACUUUCAAUAUCUAUGCCUCCGGGGUCCCUGGAACGCCGGUCAAUGAUGCUUUUAAAGUCCUAAAAAAAGAUAAAAAUGAUGUUGUACUGAUACCGCAGCCAUCUGACUCGCCUAACGAUCCAUUAAACUGGCCAAAAUGGAGAAAACUCAUUCACUUUGGUUUGUUGUCUUUUGUCACUGCCUUCACUGCUGCUACCAGCAAUGACGCUGGAGCAACGCAAGAUUCACUAAAUGAAAUCUAUGGUAUUUCUUAUGAUUCCAUGAACACGGGGGCAGGUGUUUUAUUUCUGGGUGUGGGUUGCGCUACGUUGCUUCUUGCCCCGCUUUCUUCCCUGUAUGGCAGGAAAAUAACUUACUUGAUUUGCACAACACUUGGUCUUUUCGGUGCCAUGUGGUUUGCUCUCGCAAGAAGGACUGCUGACACAAUUUGGUCGCAAUUGUUCGUCGGCAUAAGUGAAUCAUGCGCAGAGGCCCAGGUUCAAUUGUCUCUGAAUGAUAUUUACUUUCAACAUCAAAUAGGUUCAGUGCUGACCGUUUACAUUUUAUGCACAAGUAUUGGUACUUUUUUAGGACCGCUAAUUGCUGGUUAUAUUGCUUCUUUGGCAACUUUUAGAUGGGUGGGCUGGGUUGCUACAAUAAUUUCAGGAGGGUUGCUUAUAGCACUUAUAUUCGGUCUCGAGGAAACUUACUUUGAUAGAAAUAGGUACGUGACUCCAUUAAAUCCCAAACUGCGCUCAUUGAAUGAUGAUCCGAAUACAUCUGAUAACAGAUCAGCCUAUUCUGUGUCCGAAAAAAUGAAAGGAUUAGCUGCAAUGCAAACUAGGGAAAGGAAUAUAACUGAAGAAGAUAUUGUUAAUGACAAUGAGAUGCAUGAUAACACAAGUGAGGGUCAGAUCGAUGACAAAGCGAAUGAUGUAGAAGGUAAAUUUGAAGAUGAUUUAAUAGACAAUUUGAGAGAUGGUAAAUCGGAAGGCCUCCUGCCUUAUCACAAAAGAAUUGCCAUCAUCACGAAGGCCACCAAUUUGAAGGGUUGGGGGUUAAAGCAGUACUUCAAAUAUUUAUUCUUCAACCUAAGAAUGUUAUUGUUUCCUCCAGUCUGGUUGUCAGGAUUGUUUUGGGGCAUUCAAGAUGUCUUCCUAUCAUUUUAUUUGACUACAGAGGACACUUACUUCUAUGAUCCUCCUUGGAAUUACAGUGACUACGGUGUCGCAAUUAUGAAUGUCCCAACACUAAUAGGAGCCGUAAUUGGUUGUGUAUAUGCAGGAAUUUUCAGUGAUUAUUUUGUCCUUUGGAUGGCUAGAAGAAACAAUGGUAUUUUAGAGGCCGAGUAUAGAUUGUAUUUCUCAUUAGCUGCAGCUUUAAUUGGACCUGCUGGACUGCUAAUGUUUGGCAUUGGAUCAGACCGCAGCUUGCCUUGGCAAGUUAUUUAUGUCGGCCUGGGUUUUAUAGGUUUUAGUUGGGGCUGUUCAGGUGAUAUUGCGAUGGCAUAUUUAAUGGAUUGCUAUCCAGAUAUGGUAUUGGAAGGGAUGGUUUGCACAGCUAUUAUCAACAAUUCUAUUUCGUGUAUUUUUACGUUUGUAUGCUCCGACUGGUUGGAUGCCUCUGGAACUGAAAAUACGUACAUAGCGUUGGCUGUGAUUAACUUUGGCAUCGCGCUCUUAGCUCUUCCGAGCUUCUACUACGGAAAAAGAAUAAGAAAGUGGACGAAAGAGUGGUAUAAUCAGUCGGUUGAUCUGAGAGAUGUUUUAUAG